AUGUUCAAAAAACCGCUCGGAAAUCUUAAAACAUCUGCUCCUCUUCGUAACUCUGAACGUAAAAAGCUCAAACAGCGCGUAUCUUCCUCCUUCUCGAUACAAAAUGAGGAUUCCGAUGUCCUGGUACCCGAAGGAAUUCUCUCCGUCAAGUUCAGUACUCAUCUAAACGAACUUGGUGUGGCGUAUCUUGCGCCAGAGGGUAAUCCACUGUGGUUCACGAUUGGAAAAGGUUCUGAAGAUCUGAUACCAACCGUCUACACGUUGUGGAAAUCGCCAAAAUUACUACCAUUCCUCUCCACACCGAAGGCUGUCGUUCCGAUCUUGGUUGGGGGUGCUGACUUGAUGAUACCCGGAGUUGUACAUCACACAUCAAAUUUGAGCCAAGGCCAACUCGUCUCAGUAUGCAAGUAUGAGAGGUGCGAUGGUAUUCCCACGUUAUCAUCUCCACUUGCCGUUGGUCGUAUGGCUGUUUCCAGCGACCAGCUUGUCGACGGGGGGAAGGAGAAGGGGAAAGCUGUGUUGGUGCUACACACUUGGAAAGAUCACCUUUGGGGAUUGGGCUCCAAGGAAGAGCCUCCUGCAGACGUUCCGAUACAGACUGGAGCGAAUACAGCGGGGUCGACUGAGGAUACUGAUGAGAGUCAAGAUCAACCUGCUUCAGUAAAUAGCGUUACCGAAAGCCUCGAGGAUCUCUCCACGAACGACCGUCGAUCAUCAGGACCCAAGGACCACGGAAACGUACAAUCCUCCCAAAACGUGACGUACACAUAUACCCCAGAUGAAGUCUCUACUCUCCUCUAUAAAUCUCUACUCCAAGCCCUUGCAACAUCCCUUUCGAAUCUCCAGCCUUCUUCAUUCCCCAUAACGUCUACGGUAUUCAACACUUCCCAUAUUCUUCCCUCUCGUCCCAACUUUCCUUCACUCGUGUUACUCCCGUCCGCAGCGUCUGGUAUAGUCGUUGACCCUCGCGAAAUAGACAUUGAUCCACGAGAAAUCUCCAUCAAAUCCUCGUCCUACAAAUCGCUCACAGCGUUUCUCAAGAGCGCAGACAAAGCCGGAUUGAUCACCACGAAAGCUCCAUCCAAGAACUCUGGAUCGUCGGAUUUAUUCAUCACGUCAGUCAACCCAAAACAUCUCGAUGUAGAAAGGCACAAGCCUUACGUAACUUUGGGAGAAGUCGAAGCUAAAUCUGCGAAGAAGGCUAAACGGGAAGAGAUGGCUGAGAAAGAGAGAGAGAGAGAGAAGACCGGUUUGGACGUUCAGGAGUUAUGGAAGCCACAUGGGCCGAGUGUUGGAGUGUUCGAGGCAAUGGGUGCAAGCUUGUCGAAUCUUUAUUCUCUCCAUGAGAUCCGAGAACUCAUUGACGCGUAUAUCACGUCCCAGGAUCUUGUCAACAAGUACGAACGCGCCUAUAUCAACCUGGAUCCCACUCUGUUAUCAUGCGUCUCUGCAAAGUCGCAAGGUAAAAGUAAAAAAGGGGCGGAGGAUAAUGCUCAACAGGAAGUUGAAUUCAUGCGACGGGAUGAGUUGAUGAUUAAAAUUGUCGACAAAAUGCAGAGCUGGUAUGGCGUUGUCGCGGAAGGAAAAGAGAUGGUUACCAAGAAAGGGCAAAUCAAACCGAUAGACGUGACAACGAAAGUGCGUCAAGGUAGAAAAGCAUGCACUCUCAUUACUGGAUUUGAACCGUUCCACAUCGAUGCUGACGAGAUGUCUGAGGAUCUACGGAAAGUCUGCGCAGGUGCUACUUCAGUGUCCCCAAUACCUGGACGGCCUGCAGGGUCAGGAAUGGAAGUACUGGUACAAGGCAAACAAGGAAAAGCCGUCGUUGAUUAUCUUCUUGGCAAAGGGGUGCCAAAGAAAUGGAUAGAGGCUCAUGAUAGGGCUGGCAAAAAGUAG